AUGGCGGGUCUCUUGAACUCCUCCUCAAAACCCACUGUGUCUUCUCCCUCUUCAACAUCGUCACCAUCUCACUCGCGUCUCUUGUUGCUCGUAACCAUUCUUCCUCUCUCCCUCGCCUGUUUCGCCUUCGUUCUUCAAUGGCGUGGCGGAUUCCACGACCCGGUUACGCAUUGGUCUACGGAUCGUCACGAGUUCCCCGGAAUGUCCUCCGUCCAGGAGAAACGGUCAUCGCGCCGUUCGGGUUCGGAUUCGGGUUGCGUUGAUCUUAUAGGCCAGAGCCGUGCCCCUUCGUUUCCUUAUUUCCGUGACUGGAAAUUCGAUUACCAGUCGGAUCUGAAACCUAGGAUAUGCAUUCAAACAAGCACUUCCGCUGGGUUAGAGCAGACUCUGCCAUGGAUUUUCUUUCACAAAGUUAUCGGCGUUUCGACGUUUUAUCUAUUUGUUGAAGGGAAGGCUGCAUCUCCAAACGUGUCUCGAGUUUUGGAAACCAUCCCUGGUGUAAAAGUUAUACACAGGACAAAGGAAUUAGAAGAAAAGCAGGCUAAAAGCCGGAUAUGGAACGAGACAUGGUUGUCGAGCUUCUUCUACAAACCGUGUAACUACGAACUAUUCGUGAAACAGUCCUUGAACAUGGAAAUGGCAAUUACCAUGGCACAGAACGAUGGUAUGGAGUGGAUAAUUCAUCUUGACACCGAUGAGCUUAUACAUCCUGCUGGAACCCAUGAAUAUUCUCUACGGAAGUUGCUAGGAAAUAUAUCCUCAGACGUGGAUGCAGUUGUCUUCCCAAAUUAUGAGAGCAGUGUUGAGCGAGAUGAUAUCAAGGAACCUUUCAGUGAGGUAUCAAUGUUCAAGAAGAAUUUUGACCAUCUUCCCAGAGAGGUUUACUUUGGAAGCUAUAAAGAGGCCACUCGUGGAAAUCCAAACUAUUUCCUAACCUAUGGGAAUGGGAAAGCUGCUGCACGUGUUCAAGACCAUCUCCGACCCAAUGGUGCUCAUCGAUGGCACAACUACAAGAAGAGUGUCAAUGAGGUCAAACUGGACGAAGCUGCCGUGCUGCAUUAUACUUAUCCCAAGUUUUCAGAUCUUACUUCAAGACGUGAUCGUUGUGGUUGCAAGCCCACUAAGGUUGAUGUAAAGAGAUGUUUCAUGUUGGAGUUUGACAGAGCUGCAUUUAUCAUUGCUUCAACAGCGAGUUCAGAGGAAAUGCUUCAAUGGUACAGAGAAAAAGUAGUGUGGACGGAUGAAAAAUUGAAGCUGAAACUCCUUAGGAAGGGGAUUCUGACCCGGAUUUAUGCCCCAAUGGUUAUAAUCCAAGAGUUAAGAGAGGCAGGUGUUUUCAGCUCCGUGGUAACCUCAGCUCACAUGUCUCUCUCAAAACAUGGGAGCAACUCUUCAACUACAUUAAGCAUUACACGAGGAUCAUCUCAGGCAACUGGUAGGAGGAGGGUUUUGGAAUCUCAUCUUGAUCUUGACAGUGAAUCUCAAGCGUCAGCAAUACCACCGCAGUCUCCUCCAGGCUUGGAACCAUAG